AUGAUGCACAUGACUUUCUACUGGGGGCGGGAGGUAACAAUCCUCUUCGACUCCUGGCGCACAAAGUCCUGGGUCGACUACUCCCUCUCCCUCGUCGCCUGCCUCCUCGCCGCCGCCUUUUACCAGUACCUCGAGAACCACCGCAUGCGCGUCAAGAUCGCGGCCGCUGCGGGAUCGGCGGGGAAGGGCGCCGGCGGAGGAGGAGUUGAAUCGGGCGCCGAUGUACCCUUGAUCCAGCGGAAAUUCGGCUCGUCGGGGAAGUGGUCGGCGGCGAGGGUGGUCGGGGCGGCGCUGUUCGGGCUGAAUUCGGCGAUCGGGUACAUGCUGAUGCUGGCGGUGAUGUCGUUCAACGGCGGGGUGUUUGUGGCCGUGGUGGUUGGGUUGGGGAUCGGGUAUUUGUUGUUUAGGGGUGUUGAUGAUGAGAGCGUGUUGGUGGCGGACGAGACUUCUUGUGCCUGUGCCUGA